GGAGUAAUAAAUCUUUCUAUUUAUAGGAACGGUACAGAAAAAUGAGUGCAUGAGCUAUCCACAGCCGCGAGAGCAUCCGCCGCCAGGGAUUUUCCAGUGUAUAUAUGUUGAAAAUAGCAAGCAGGUUUUAUGUCCCGUUUGUGGCUUCAGAAAACGACAACGAUGUGAUCAUGUGGACAGCAGUAGCACGCACAAUUAGCCCGUGAUUUGUUCUGGAUUACUCAUAUACGGUAUCGCGUUUUUUUAUCGGUUUUGCACAAUGACGAAAUUUAUUGAGGUACCAUUAACCACGCGCACCGUGGUGGACGACCCGGGUAGUAUACUGCCGCCACAUCCCAUUAGGUACAAAGUCCCGAUGACAGUGCUCGGAAGCCUGGAGAUAUUAUUUGGAACUGUUCUUUUUAUCAAUGGAUGCCUCCUACUCAGUCAACAGCGAAACCAGACCAGUUUCUUCUUCGGGCCCCCGUUUGCGUUAAUCGCAGUAGCCGGCGGAAUAACCGCCAUUUUAGCCGUGAGAAAGCAAAGCAGCACAAAAGUCCGUUUCACCUUCAUCGCCACUAUCCUCCUGGGUUUCAUCGUGUUCGUGGCGUGCCUGGUGGGAGCCAUCGUCCUAAUACAACUGGGCCUCCUGGUGAAGCGCGAAGAGACCGUGGAUAUUGUGUACACCGAUGGUCACUCGUUAAUGCUGACCACACAUACCCCGCGUCCGCUGGCCACGACAUUGUCGCCCGUGGAAGGAAUGGCCUUCUUUAUCAGUUCCGGUGUGCUGUACAUUAUGCUGGGCCUCACCGCGUGCGCUAUCAUCCUUCUGGCCAGUCUGAAUCUGUGCUGCGUUAAAUAUGUCACUCUCAACAUUGUGGAAGUUAAAUAAUUAUUUACUCUACAGGAAUGCUGUUGCGUAAUCAAAGCUUUCACCAAGUUGGUGCACGUCAAAUAUUUAAAUGUAUGAAAGACAGCUUUCGGUCGUUAAAUAUAACGAUGUUUCAGCGUCUUGUACAUGGUGCCGAGUGAAUUUAAUUUUAGAAAAUCUCCCAAAAUUAAAUUAUUUUUUUCAGUUCUUCUUUCUUAUCGCAUGCAGUUGCGGUAUUACAUAAGUGAAUGCACUUGACAUUUGCAGUUUUACUUGUACAUGUUACUGUGUAUACAUCUUGACGUUGCCUGUCUUUUGCUCGCUAAGAAUUCGGCUACCGAAUCGGGGAUUAGUGAUUUGCUAGCAUGCAAAUAAACAAGAUAUAUU